AUGAACACGUUGCGCUCCUGGGUUGAACUCCACUUCAGCAGCAAUGGAAAUGGCAAUGGAAGCACUGCCACCAGCCAAGAACAAGUACCUGCCUCCAUCUCCAUUCACAAUGGGGACAUGGAGAAAAUACUCCUGGAUGCUCAGCAUGAAUCUGGAAGGAGCAGUUCAAGAGAGAGUUCACAUUGUGACAGCCCUCCUCGUUCCCAGACGCCUCAGGACAGUCACAGAGCUUUGGAAAUAGAGAGUCACAGCAGUGGGGAAAAGAACAGCUUUCAGUCUGAAGAGGAUUUUCUGGAAAGGAGGAGGGAAGUGGAAAGGCUGCUGAGGAAGAAUGCAGAUUGGAUCUGGGAUUGGUCCAGCAGGCCGGAGAACAUCCCUCCCAAGGAGUUCCUGUUCAAGCACCCCCGGCGCACGGCGACGCUCAGCAUGAGGAACACCAGUGUGAUGAAGAAGGGCGGGAUUUUCUCAGCGGAAUUUUUGAAGGUUUUCCUCCCAUCUCUGCUGCUUUCUCACUUGCUUGCCAUUGGACUAGGGGUGUACAUCGGCAGACGCCUCACGACCACGGCCUCCAGCAGCACCUUUUAA